UAUCAUCAAUUUGAGUAGUUGACAGCACAACUCAAUUAUUAGAGAAAGCAGAAAAGCACUACCAACACCUAAGUGGUCCAACAUGUUUCUCUGAAUUAAGAACCUUACCAAUCUCACACUAUAUUUCCAAGAACUGAAUCCAUGGAAAAACCAAUCUCUCUCCUUGCUACUCUUAUUGUUCUGCUUCUUUAUGCCUCUGACUGUUUGGCAGCCCCAUCAUCAAGAAAUUCCCUAUUUGCCACUUUCCUCAACUGCCUAAAAACCCACACAAACCAACCAAACCAAGUUUCAAACAUAGUUUACUCCCAAACAAACGCAUCCUAUGACUCUGUCCUUAAAGCCUCUGCUAGAAAUGCCAGGUUCAGCAACCCCUCAACCCCAAAGCCAUUACUCAUCAUCACCCCUCUUAAUGAAAACCAUGUACAGAACUCUGUUCUCUGCGCGAAAAGCAUUGGUGUUCAACUCAAAAUAAGGAGUGGUGGCCAUGAUUUUGAAGGCAUUUCAUAUGUCUCUCAGGCUCCCUUUAUCAUCCUUGACAUGUUCCACUUUCAGAAUGUAAGUGUGGAUGUUCAAAACGAGAUUGCUGUGAUCGAAGCAGGUGCCACUCUUGGACAAGUUUACUAUAGAAUUUAUGAGAAGAGCAGUGUUCAUGGCUUCCCUGCAGGGGUGUGUCCCACUGUUGGUGUUGGUGGCCACCUCAGUGGAGGAGGCUAUGGCAACAUGAUCAGAAAGCAUGGCUUAUCAGUUGAUCAUGUCAUCGACGCGAAAAUUGUCGAUGUAAAUGGUAGGAUUCUUGACAAGGAAGCAAUGGGGGAUGAUCUUUUCUGGGCCAUUAGAGGCGGCGGAGGAGCGAGUUUCGGAGUCAUAUUGUCCUACACUGUUAGGCUAGUUCCAGUGCCGGAAACGGUUACUGUUUUCCAGGUUGACAAGACUCUUGAGCAGAAUGCAACUGAUCUUGUUUUCCAAUGGCAGCAGGUUGCUCCUCACACAGAUGAGAGACUCUUCAUGAGGCUGGUGAUGCAGCCGGUAGCGAAAAGAACCAUGAGAGCCUCGGUUAUGGCUUUGUUUCUUGGAGGAGCUGAUGAAGUUGUGACACUCUUGGAAAAGGAGUUUCCAUUACUGGGUUUAAAGAAGGAAAGUUGCCAUGAAAUGAGGUGGAUUGACUCUGUUUUAUGGUGGGCUAAUUACAAUGAUGGAUCAACAUUGAAGGCAUUGCUUGAUAGAAGCCAUUACAGGGUGCAUUACAACAAGAAGAAAUCGGAUUAUAUUCAGACACUGAUUUCGAAAGCCGGGCUUAAUCUGAUAUGGAAGAAGAUGAUUGAGUUGGGAAGAGUUGUUCUCAUUUUCAAUCCAUAUGGUGGAAGAAUGAAUGAGGUUCCUUAUGAUGCUACACCGUUUCCGCAUCGUGCUGGGAAUUUAUACAAAGUUCAGUAUAGUGUGACAUGGGAGGAGGGAGGAGAUGGUGCUGAUAAGAAGUUCAUUGGUGAGAUUAGAAUGAUGUACAAUUACAUGACUCCAUUUGUGUCAAAGAAUCCAAGGAGUGCUUACUUCAACUAUAGGGAUCUUGAUAUUGGUGUGAAGAUGCAUGGCAAGGAUAGCUACCAAGAUGGGGUGGUUUAUGGUUCCAAGUAUUUUAAUAGAAACUUUGAGAGGUUGGUGAAGGUUAAAAGUGCCAUUGAUCCUCAAAACUUCUUCUGGAAUGAGCAGAGUAUACCAAGUCUUGGGAGCAACAAGUUAUUUUUGUAGUACCAUUAUUGCUUGGAUUUCGAUAACUACUUCACUAGUUCUUUUGAUUAAUCUUUUGGUCAUUACAAUUUCACCUCUCUUUUUCUUUAUUUUAUUUUAUUUUUUUAAGUUCUCUCUAACGAUAGACAAGAUAACAAACUGACUACUCAGAUGAAGAUGGUCAGAGAAAUUUCUAUUUGAAAAUGAUUGUUGAGAUAUAGCUACAUGUAAUAUCAAGUAUUUUAGUUAAACUUCU